AUGACUGAUUUUUACUUUUUCAUCAAGGACAAACUUGACACUCAGAAAAAGUUUGUAGGAAACUUCAAGAAAACUACAGAGAAUGGGGCCCCCGGGGAUUUCUCUAAUCGUCACGACUCAAUUGUUUUUGAGCUUUCCAAUAAACUUUGGGGAAAUGAUGGGUGUGAUAAAAAGCUAAUCAUAGAAAUCAGUGAGAAAACAAGAAAGCGGAGAAGGGUGGAGUUUGGGUCCAAAAAAGAAGAUAAAAAGAAGAAAGGCACUGUUGAGGAUGAAGUCGAUAUCAAUAUGGAGUUAAAGCAUCCUUUAAUACAUCCGUCAUUCAAUCAAAAUAUUGGAUUCAUUGCACCAGAUAUGGUCAAGAAGAACUGCACCUUGAAGGGGAGUAGCAAUUCGGGAAACAUUGAGGCAAAAUGGGAAAAAUUUAUGAUAAAGGAGGUCGAGCUCUACUAUAAGAAGUUAGAUUUGAUGAAGGAGAUGAUUGGGGAUGUUCUGCAAUCUCUAAAAGAUUAG